AUGGAAGAAAAACUAGAGUGCAGUAUAUCAAAAGUGAUACAAUAUCCUCUUCGUCAUGAAGCAUUGAAAACCUUACCAUUGGUCUCAGAAGAGAUUCGACCCUAUGACUUUGUUUAUGAUAGAAAACUUCAUAGGUCUAAAUAUUCACCACAAGAUGCAAGUAUGACUGAUAAAUAA